AUGUUAUGGCGUGGUUUGGGGUCGGAGCAGGCUAAGGUGAUCCACCUGCAAAGUCAAGCGGUAGGUGCUGAACGGUGUGUUUCCUCAAUCCAGAAGGAUUGCGACGAAGCUCUCGCCCGUGUGGAAGAAUUGACUCGUAAGCUGAAUGACAAUCUUUCCGCCGAACGGGAGAAGGCGCAGGCUAAAGAGCGGGCGAGCAUCUGA